AUGAGCUAAUUCACUUUUAUGAAGAAAUAUAUAUAAAAAUAGACAUCUGAAACAAAAAUACACUGCGAACCUUUAAUAACUUUGACUAUUGAAUUGGAUGAAAAUAAAUAUAGUCAAAUCAAUAUUUAUGAAGAUUCUAAUCCUGAAAUAUUAGCAUCUAAUUUUGUUACAGACAAUUACUUAAGCAUGGCUUAUGUUGAACCACUCAAAUAAAAUAUUAUUUAACAAAUGUUAAUGUACGAUUAAAUGAAAGUAAAUACAUCCUUUAAUUAUAGAAACAAGAUAGAGAUAAAUAACCUCUUUCUUAAUGGGAAACUGUUAAAAAAUAGCAGUAGAAUAAAGAAAAUUAGCAAUCAACACCAACACGAAAUUAGCAAACUAAACGAUGUACUCCCGAAAAGAAUUUACAAAAUAAUUUAAAAUCUGAGAGAAAUAUAUCUAGAAAUAAAAGGUUUUAAACAGAAGAUAUGAAUAUUCAUGAGAGAUUAUAUUAAUAAGCUAAAUAAAUGAAUAACUUCAAAUAGUAGAAAAGAGAACACGAAUAAUAAUAAAAGCAAAAAGAUCCAAAUCUCACAUUUAAACCUAAAAUUAAUAAUAAUUACUCUGCUAAUAAAAGUAAGAGUCCUCAAUAGAAUUAAAAUUAAUUUUAUAUUUAGACUAAUUAGUAAAAACAAGUGUAAUUAAAAAGUCCCAGACUCAAUUAAUUGUAUUAAAAUAAAUCAUUUGAGUUCUUGGUUCCUAAAAAAGAGGUUAAAAUUUCUAUUUUGGAAAAUGAAGAGAGUGUUACUUAGUUACCAAAAACAUAAGAUUCUCCAAAUGUAUCAUUUUCUGAAGAGAGUUAGUUUAAAAACGAUAGUCCUUAUACUUCAGCCCAAGAAGAUAAUUAAUUAUAUCAAGUAACAAAAGAUUCAGAUGAAAGAACUGUAGCUAAAUUAUUCACAAUGAUUGAAUCAAAUAAUGUAGUCGAUGCACGAAAUAUACCAUAUGAGAAAUUUAAUUAUUAACUUAUAGUGGAGCUAAGAUUACAUUUUCAAAAAAAUGAUUUUAAGAUUAUGAAUUUUGAAGAGUUCAGUUAGAGUGUUAUAAAAAAUUCAAAACUAAUCAAAGUAUAUAUUUAUUGAAGUAUUAGUUAGCAGCAGAUUUUUUCAAAUAUGAAAAUAUUCAAUACUAAAAUAUUUGUUAUCGACAUUGA